CGAACUCUUCUUUUCUCCGCCUCGACCUGCUCCUCUCAGCAGGCAGCGAAGGGCUGAUGUGCGGCCGUGUAUCCCUCCGUGGUGUCGACCAGAACCACCAGGCCCAAACACCGAACCGCUCCACCGAAUGGUCCCCUUUGUCGCAACCCGACAAGGCUGUAAAUACCAGCGCCGGGCUGAGAGCGUUAGCUGGAGCUCAUGUGGAAGGAGAACGUGCGAGAAGGCGUUCGGGACGUGGGAACUGGUGGGUCCAGUUGGCUGUUCCCGUCCGGUCCAUUCCUGGCCUGCUGUGGAAGCGGCCCAGUCAGGUUCCCAGCUGACCUCCCGCAACGAUAAUAUAAACCGUGUGUGCAGGAGAACCAGGCAGGACUGGCAACACUCAAACCAGAGCAGCUGGUCUGUGUAGCGGAACCAGAACUGACUGGGAACUUAAAGCCCCCAGAGAACUGAUGGCUCGGUAUGUCGGAUGAAGAUUCCCGUGCCAGCACAAGCUCUUCUUCCUCUUCAUCUUCCAUUCAUCAUCAUCAGCAGCAGCAGCAGGACGUAAACCCUUCAAAGAAGCGAGAGAGCAAAGUCAGCAUGAGCAAGACCUCCAAGCUUCUGUCUACCAGCGCUAAAAGAAUUCAAAAGGAACUGGCUGACAUUACACUGGAUCCUCCUCCGAACUGCAGUGCCGGCCCUAAAGGAGACAACAUCUAUGAGUGGAGGUCCACCAUCCUGGGCCCCCCGGGCUCUGUGUACGAGGGAGGAGUGUUCUUCCUGGACAUCGCCUUCACACCAGACUACCCCUUCAAGCCCCCCAAGGUGACGUUCCGCACCAGGAUCUAUCACUGCAACAUCAACAGCCAGGGGGUGAUCUGCCUGGACAUUCUGAAGGACAACUGGAGUCCUGCCCUCACCAUCUCCAAGGUCCUGCUGUCCAUCUGCUCCCUGCUCACCGACUGCAACCCUGCGGACCCCCUGGUGGGAAGCAUUGCCACACAGUACACCACAAACAGACCAGAACACGACAGGAUAGCCAAACAGUGGACAAAACGCUACGCCACAUAAUCAGCAGAGCGAUCACUGCUGGGACAAGUGGGUUUGGGGGGUGGGGUGGGGUAGGGGUUGAUUUGUAGCAAAAGUGUGUGUGUUUGUUUGGGGCGGGGGGAUUUUUACCUUGCAGCUGAAGUCUUAACUUGUUUAUUGUAUUUUAAAUUAUCUGCAGCCCGACUGUAACCCCAUGUUGUAGCCUGAGCUCCAGGAUGGCUGCUUCCUGGAGUCGCCAUGACUACCAGUCAGAUGUUUGGUGUUUGCUUCUCCUCCAGAACACGAAGUUGAUUCACUCAUGUAGACAUGUUUAGGUGUGGAUGGAUGUUGGUUGUGAUUUGUGUUCGGACUGUUCUGUUUCUCCCUUUGAAAGAAUUAAACAAAACCAAGAAGUC